AUGGGGCUCUAUAUGCUCGACGCAGUAGUCACCUACACGAAAAGGAUGCCACUAGCGUUUCUCAUUCCCCUGCUAGGGGUUGGCCUAGCCAUUUGGAGAUAUAAACCAGCCGUCUCCAACGACCGCCCACCAAAGUCGACAUCCCACAAUGAAAGCCAAAAGACAUACCCGCCCAUCGAAUCCCUCCCGGAAUUCAACUGGGAGACUACGGAACCAUUGAAGUUCCGGCCCUUUAAGCCAAAGUACCACUUGACGAUGGCAUUAUCGAAUCUGGACCCCUCGGCACUCAUUCAGAUGGACAAAACCUACAAAGACAGACUAGCCAUCCGGUCCUCGCUACUUCAGAAAUAUCCCGACGUUGUCGUCGGAGUCAAUAGCGAGACCGAUCCGCGAAUUUACGCCGCCAUCCGAGAGUUAUACGUCUUCGUUGUCGGGACAUAUCUCCCCACACGGUACCCUCGGAUGUUCCGACUGACUUCCGAUGACAACAGCAAGACAGGAACAGAAACCAAGACAAUCCUCGAGAGUCUGGUCACAGGAGCAAAGAUCCCAUUGCACUUCAAUGAAUCCGAACCCGGAUCCAGGACGGGGCGAAAAGAACUCGAGACCCUGGGAACGCUAGUGGACGAGGAGUUUCUUAUUCUCCUCCCUGAAUGCUCUUCAACCCACCCCUCAAGCAACCAAGUAGAAUCCGAAAAGUACAUCCUAGAAGCGUAUACAACCUUCUUCCCUUCCGGCUUCGACACGCGCAAGAAGCUCGGCCUCCGACUCGCGUCCAUCCAUACCCCGGUCCCGGGGUAUAAGGAGAAGCUUGAGCGUAGCAUGGACCGGUUCUUUGCGCGGGUCGAGGUCGGCCAGUUUGUGCAGAGGGUCAAUUGGAGUAUUACUACCAAUUCGGAAUUGUUUGCUGCGUUUGGCGGCGUGCACGGGAACGAGAGUGAAGGGGAGAAGGCUUUGAAGUGUGGGGAAUUGGACGUGGACUCUACAGUUUUGCGGUGUGGUUUACUGCAGUCUCUGCACGACCUUGAUCAAGUCAGCGGAUACGCCCAUGGCAGUCACAUCACCGCCAGCACCGCUGCCCUGGACAACGAGGGGGUUACCACCGUAACGCUUCGUGUAGAAGCUGAUGAUGUUGUCACUGCCCUUCAGACCAGCAAUGGAGCUAUCCUUAUCGAAGUACUGCAAACCGACACGGACCUCCUUCUUACCAACGUCAAUGCUGCCAACGUAGCGCACAACCUUACCUUCCUUCUCGGCAGCCUCCUUAAUAGCCGACAUCUGGCCAUCGAACUCGGGCAAGCGGGUCAUGAACUCCUUGAUACCAUCCGCAGUGGAGGGCACCGACUCGAGCUCCUUAGGAAUCAACGACUCAAUCGGGAACGAGUCGGGAGACUGGACCUCCAGACCGGCGAUACGCGCCAAAAUAGUCAGCUUACGGGCGACAUCCAUACCGUUCAGGUCAUCACGGGGAUCGGGCUCGGUGUAGCCGAGAUCCUUGGCCUUCGCCACGACCUCGCUCCACUUUGCGCCGGACGGCCCAGACACCGGGGCGAAGGUGUUGAACAGGAAGGACAGCGUGCCGGAGAAGACACCCUCGAUGCGGGUGACCUCAUCGCCGGUGCUAACGAGGUCGCGGAGGGUGGAGAUCACAGGGAGACCUGCGCCGACAGUGCUCUCAUGGUACACAAGGGCCUUGCCCUCUGCAGCGGCAGCGAAGAUGUCCUUCCACAGGGAGAGGUCGGAAGAGAAACCCUUCUUGUUGGGGGUGACGAUGGAGAUGCCCUUGCGGAGGAAGACGGGGUAGGAGCUGGCGAGGGUGAGGUCGCUGGUGUUGUCGACGAGGAUGGAGCGACCGGGGGCAGAGGAGAGGUAAGAAGCAAUCUCGGAGGGGGUCUCAACGGCGGUUUUCCAGUCUGCGGCGGGGAUGGCGGGGGAGUAGGCCGGUGUCGGAGACUGGAGGGUCUGGCUAGAGCGAGCGAGGAGGACGAGCUUGGGGGCAUUGGGGAGACGGGCAAGUUGGCUCAGGAAGGCUGUGCCUACACCUCCGACUCCUGCGAUGCUGUGAGUAUUUUGUUCGAGAAAUUGGGGUAUGUAGUGUAUGAGUGUUGUUGUUGGUUGUAG